AUGUAUUUUACAAAGGAAUGGGAGAAUUUAAAACGUUUACAUAUUGAAUUUCAUGAUAAUUCAUUAAAUUUGGCUAUACCAAAUUUUUGCCCAAAUCUUAAAUCAUUAUAUACGAUAAUCUUGAAACAAGAAGCGGAAACGUUGAAAAGUAUUUUGAGGGGUUGUAAACGUUUAGAAAGGAUUCAACUUUAUGUAAAAUCAGACAUUUCUCCUGAAAAUUUAGAUGAAAAAAAUUUGAGUGUGCUACAGAAAUAUUUUGAUUUAGGCAUUGUUGAAAAUUUUCAAGAUGAUGAGAUGUUUGAUUAUGAAGGUCGUGAUGUAACAUUUCGUUAUAGGUUACGACGUAGUAUUCAUUCUAUUAGUGAUUAUCAUUGA